UGUUGUUUUUCUCUUCUCCUUUCAUUUCUCAUUGUUUAUACGUUGAGUGCGAGGUACAUGGUCGUUAACAAUAGUCGGCGAGUGCGAUGAUUGUUGGUUAUUGAGUGCUGUUUGGAGGAACGACGACGAGGUGUACGACAAGAGCGAAAUAACGGAGAGCCCUUGGGCCCGGAUCGGCAGUAGCGGCUGUAGCGGCAGCGGCAGCGGCACAAGGAGCAAGGGCAGAAAGAGCCGCCGCAGCCUCGUGGAGGGGCCUCGCGCCACCCCGGCCAGCGUCAUUCUCUCGGCCCUCUCGUGCGGCGGCGGCGCGAGCCAGAGCGGUAGCGUGUUCGGCUCGAGCCUCGUGUUCGGCGAGACGGGUGGCGUCGUGGAGGGGGGAGUAAUGCCGGUGAGGUUGGCGCAGCGCCCCCCAGGUGGACUUCUCCACGGCGGUGUGCCGGUGGUAGCGCCGAGCGGCGUCGUCAGCGGCGGUCCAGGCUCCGUCUCCGCCGCCGCCGGCGCCCGUUGCAGCCUCGGGGGUUCAGCGCCCGCGGGUUCGCCACCGUUGCCUGCCUCGCUUGGCCUCGGCCCGGGAGCCCCGGGAGGGGGAGGCGCGGGCGGCCCCGCGCCCGGCGGAGUCACCGGGGCGGUCGGGGGAGCGGUCGGCGUGCCGAAUCCCCUGCAAGCUAUGGCCUCGGCCGCUGCCUCGCUCACCCAGCUCAACAACAUGGCCAACGGGCCCCUGCCGCCCCUGGGCCCGGGGCCCCAGGGCCCGCCGAGCCUACCGCCCCCGCAGCCAGCCACGACGCCGACACACGGCGGCGGACCGCCGACGCCCCACCAGCCGGGGGUGCCGGGCCCGCACCUUAACGGGGCCUCGCCCAGUCCCCACUCGAUGCCCCACGGCAUGAUGAGCGGCUCGCCCCACGCGGCCCAUCCCCACAUGGCUGGCGGCGGGCCGUCGCCUCACCCCCAUCACCCGGGUCCCCACAUGGUCGGCUCGCCCCACCAUCCGGGACCCCACAUGGGCCCGGGCCCGAUGAUGGGACCCGGCGCUAUGCAGCCCCAGCCGGGACCGGGAAUGUGCGGUCCGACGGGACCCGCCGGGCCCAUGGGCCCACACGGACCGCCCCACCCCCAGGGACCAGCCGGAGUACCCGGACAACCUCACAUGCACAACGAUCCCUUCUACUGCUCGCCCUUUGGAUCGCCGUACUUCAGAUCAUCGUUGCCUGUCCCCAGGAGGCACACCCCGUACUACGGCCAGCCGGACUACCGAUUCUACGAGCUGAACAAGAGGUUACAGCAGCGCACCGAGGAGAGCGAUAACCUUUGGUGGGAUGCGUUUGCGACUGAAUUUUUUGAAGACGAUGCAUCGUUAACGCUCACAUUUUGCCUAGAAGAUGGACCGAAAAGAUACACGAUAGGAAGGACGUUAAUACCAAGGUACUUCCGCUCGAUAUUCGAGGGCGGCGUGACGGAGCUUUACUACAACAUGAAGCACCCAAAGGAGUCGUUUCACAAUACCAGCAUAACGCUUGACUGUGAUCACUGCGUAAUGGUCACGCAUCAUGGGAAACCGACAUUUACGAAGGUGUGUACGGAAGGUAGGCUAAUACUGGAAUUCACUUUUGAUGACCUCAUGAGGAUAAAGUCGUGGCACAUGGCAGUAAGGCAGCAUCGGGAGCUCGUGCCGAGGGCGAUAGUCUCCAUGACGCAGGAUCCUUCAGCACUCGAGCAGCUUACCAAAAACAUCACGAGGCAGGGUAUUACCAAUUCCACCCUCAACUACCUUAGGUUGUGCGUCAUCUUGGAGCCGAUGCAGGAGCUGAUGUCGAGGCACAAGGCCUAUGCCCUAUCGCCGCGGGACUGCCUCAAGACGACGCUGUUCCAGAAGUGGCAAAGGAUGGUUGCCCCGCCGGGUAAGAGAGAAUCCCAAAGGCCGACUAACAAAAGAAGAAAGAGAAAAGGCAGUACAUCGGGUCCAGGGAAUAAUGCACCUCCGGCGCCCAGUAAAAAGAGAUCGCCAGGACCUAACUUUUCCCUUACAACUCAGGAUGUAAUGGUAGUGGGUGAGCCGUCGCUGAUGGGUGGCGAGUUCGGCGACGAGGACGAGAGACUAAUCACGAGGCUGGAGAACACGCAGUACGACGCGGCGAACAGCGUCGAUCCGCAUAGUCACGACGCGACGGGCGGACCGCCACCCCAUCCCCAUCAGUUCCACUCGGAGCCCCAACCCGGCAACUCCUGGCCUCCGGACCGAGGCCCAGGCCCGCCCCAGGGUGGACCAGGCAACCAGGGAGUGCAAGGAGCGCAGGGUGGCGCGGGCGCGGGUGUGCAGGGUUCGCAGGAUGCCAACCAGCAGCAGCAAGACAAGAAGAGCCCCGCGGUGAGCCAGUGAGGCCAGGAGUCCCCGCGCCCCCCCACCAGGGGGCGACGGGGGCGCAGGCCCAAGAACGUGGCUCCCUAGCGGGGCGAGAACUCUCAACUCCCCACACCCUACCUUCCCGGCGCCUCCUCGUCGUCGGUCGCUUCGUCCUCCUUGCCCUCGACCGCCGCCCGGUUCUCCCAGAUCGGCACGCUGCCCCUGCCCCCGGCGCCUCUACACAUCCAGCAGCAACAACACGCGACGCCCACCCAUCACCACCCGAUGGUCAUGGAAGCGUUGCAGCAACGGCAACACCAGCAGCAGGAGCAGCAGCAACAGCAGCACCAGCACCAGCACCAGCAGC